AUGUCGAUGGAUUUGGAUGCCCCUGUCCCCAUGACGGGGAUGCAGGAUGCACCCAUCGCCGCAACUAUCCUCUGUUGCAACUGUGGUGCCCCCAUUGAUGGAACCACUUCUGCCGGCGCGCUGUGUCAGGAUUGUUUGAGACUCAACGUUGACGUCUCUCAAGGUAUCCAGCGCGAGGGAACUCUUCACGCCUGCAGAGAUUGUGAGCGCUGGCUCCAGCCCCCCAACAGCUGGGUCGUUGCCUCCCCCGAAUCGAAGGAACUGCUUGCCGUUUGCUUGCGCCGUCUUCGUGGUCUGUCGAAAGUCCGCAUUAUCGACGCCAGUUUCAUCUGGACCGAGCCCCAUUCUCGCCGUAUCAAGGUCAAAAUCACAAUCCAACAGGAGGCGUUCCAGGGCACAAUUAUUCAGCAGACAUUUGAGGUUGAAUAUGUGGUUGCAUCGCAGCAGUGUGACGAUUGUAAGAAGUCCUAUACGCACAACACAUGGAGAGCCUCCGUCCAAGUUCGACAGAAGGUUCCUCACAAGCGUACUUUCUUGUACCUUGAACAGUUGAUCCUCAAGAAUGGUGCCCACAAGGAUACUGUCAACAUCAAGGAAGCAAAGGAUGGUUUGGACUUUUUCUUUGCUCAGCGAAACCACGCUGAGAAGAUGGUCGACUUCCUGUGCUCCGUCGUUCCCUGCAAGACAAAGAAGUCCCAGGAAUUGAUUUCCAUGGAUAUCCACACUUCUACGAAAUCUUACAAGUUCUCGUUCUCAGUCGAGUUGAUUCCUAUUUGCAAGGAUGACCUUGUCGCACUUCCUAUCAAGCUCGCCCGUCAGCUUGGAAAUAUUUCACCUCUUUCCCUGUGCUACCGCGUCGGAACCUCCGUCAACCUCUUGGACCCGAGCACUCUCCAAACUAGUGAUGUCCCAACUAACACAUACUGGCGAUCUCCGUUCAGGACUCUCGCUGAUGUGACUGAGUUGAAGGAAUUCAUUAUCUUGGAUAUUGAGCCAACUGGCCAUUCCGUUGGCAAAUUCCACUUAGCUGAAGCCACAGUUGCUCGCGCGUCUGAUUUGGGCUCCAAUGAUAUCACAUACUUCACCCGCACACACCUUGGUGGUGUUCUGCAUGUUGGUGACUCUGUGCUCGGUUACCACAUCAGUGGUACUAUGUUUAACGACGAGAACUUUGAGGCUAUUGAGGGUAGCUCUCAGUAUAGCUCGACUGUCCCCGAUGUUAUUCUCGUUAAGAAGUUCUACGCCCGCAAGAAGAAGCCUAAGAACCGUGCUUGGCGUGUUAAGCGUAUGGCUCGCGAGUAUGAAGAUGAGGCCAAUGCAGCUCCUCAGCAGAAAACCCGCCGUGAGGAGCAAGAGGCUAACCGUAUCGAGGAGGACUUUGAGGCCUUCUUGCGAGACAUCGAGGAAGAUCAAGAGCUGCGUCAAACUCUGGACCUUUACAAGGCUCGGAAACAGCGUGCUUCGGGUGAUGCUAUGGACGAGGAUGAAGAUAACGAGAGUGAAGACGAAGUGCCACAGAUUAACAUGGAUGAGCUGCUUGAUGACUUUGAUGAGCUGAACAUGGGUGAUGAAGAAUGA